AUGGAGGAAAAGCCAAAGCCUCAUCCAGCAAUGGUUAAUAAUGAAGCAAUGUACGAUCAUAUAAAGAAAGUCGGUGAGGUCCUUGUUGGGAAACCUAAUGUGCAGCUUAUGCCAUUGACCACGGGUUCUGAGGAUCUUAGCUUAUUUGCUGAGAAGGUUCCGGCUGCGAUGUUUAUCGUUGGAAUAAGGAAUGCGACUCUAAAAUCAGACAAGAACUUGCACUCGCCCAACUUCUUUAUUGAUGAGGAAUCUCUUCCAAGGAGCAACACUUCAUGCUGCAGUUAUUUGGAUGGCAAUGAUGCAAUAACUUGGUAA